CUGACUGACUUGCAGGAGCUACAGCUGGAAUUUCGCUGGCUCUCCUAUUUGACGGGAGGACCAUAUAAAUCACUUCCGAUGAUAUUUUGAUCGCAUUUUCGUCCUUCCUAUUUAUAGAAGUAUUAACUUCGUCUUUUGGCUGUAUUUGGAUUAGUUUUCCCCUCGAGACAACAUGGUAAAUUACGGGCAAAUGAGACUUCACAUGCUUCUAUUCGUCCUGCUUGUUUUCUUCAUGAAGGCUUGUGUCUCAGACACAUUUCCUAAAGCACAGAAUGUCGCCUGGUCCUCUUUUAAUUUUAAGACCAUUUUAACAUGGAGCCCAAAACCAAGGAAUUAUUCAUACACUGUCGAAUUUUCUGAAAUUGGUCAGAACAGAGAACGGAGCCCUCACUGUAUCAGGACCAUGGAAACUGAAUGUGACCUGACUGCAGAGUUUAAAAACUUUAAGGCCAGUUUCAACGCUGAUAUCCUGUCUGAACCCAUGCGUGGCGUCUCUUCUGAUAUAAUUGAGUUCCCUCACACCACAUCUGAGAGAUUCUCCCCCUACUAUGACACUGUCAUCGGCAGACCAGAGUUUAAAAUAGACGUCAGCAGCGACAAAAGGAAGGUGAUGCUCCACGUAACAGACAUCCAGACGUCUCUCUUUAACGAAAACAAGGAGAGACUAAGUAUUCGGGAUAUUUUCAAGGAUGAACUGCAGUAUAAGGUUAUCUAUAAAAAAGCAAAGAGCACAGGGAAGAAAGAGGAGAUCAGUAAAAGUAGCAUCAUCGAGCUGACAGAUUUGGACCGAGGAGUGAGUUACUGUUUUAACGUUCAGGCCUACCUUCCUUUCCGCACACAAGACAAACAACUCGGGGAGCUCAGCCACAUCCAGUGCUCACCAGAAGAAAACAUGUCUGUCUUUGAAGAGUACAGCAUGGGUGUGAUCGCCGGGGCAAUCCUGAUUAUCAUCCUGGCAAUAUCGGCAAUCAUUAUCGUCGUCGUGAUAUGCUGCAGACGAAAAAAGAGAGCACAAAACACAGGAAAAGAGGGAUUACCGCUGAAUGGGUUGUGAGGAGAGCGGACGGAUCAUUUUGGUACGACUCACCCUUAUAAAGGGAGGAUGGUAUCCUAAUUCAACAUUCCAUUGUAAAACAGUGGAAUCUAAACUUGCGUUUCUGUGAAACCUCAAAAUGUAGAUAUGUUAGACAUAAUUUAGCAAGACAGCCUUCAUUCUGAUAGGUGGUGGGUUCUUUAGUUUGUAUGCUAAAUUUACUAAUUCUAUCUACCUAGAUGUUGCUAACUAGUGGAAAUACUGUAUGGUUUUGUGCACAUUUGGGAGAAUCAAAAUCAAAACAUUUUAUAUAUAUGAGAGAGCACUAAUUUAUUUUUUUAGCUAUUAAAGUGGUAAACUGCAUUAGUUUUUAAAGAGCAUCCAUGAAAGGCUCAGCUUAUUUAAGCUGUAGCACAUUCCAAGUACACAUAGCUAACCAGCUAUCACAAAAUAAUAAUAAUAAUAAUAAUAAUAAUAAUAAAGUGUGGUUUGUAUAUGCUGUUUGGUUUUGAUUUGUAUAUUUCUAAUGUUUUACUAUGGACCUGUGAAGCUUGUUGGUACUGAUCUGGAUUUUUAUUAUUUUUAUUAUUAAAACAAAUAAAAAAAAGUAUGCACACGCAGACUA